AUGAUUAAUUCAUCUCCGUCCAUUAAUAGUCUUUUGUUAAAUUUAAAAUCAAUUAUUGAAUUAGUAAUCAAACUUCCAGGUGAUUCAUUAAUAAUACAAUAUGGUGCAAUAGAACGAAUUCGAUCAGCUAUAUUUUCAAUUCUAUUACAUGGUCUUAAACAGAAUACACAUGGUAUAUAUGAACAAUUAUGGCAUUUCAUUAUUCGUUUAAAUUCAAAUUCACAAAAAUAUAUUCAUUUAUUACAAGAUAUUUAUCAUAAAGAAAAUCUUCUUAUAUCAGUUGAACAAUGGAUUGAUCAAUCACUUAUAACUCAAUGUUUAUUUCAACAAUUAUCCUAUAUUGAAAAUGAUAUUGAUAUACUUGAACAAUAUUAUUAUAGUUAUGCUUUUAUUCGAAUACCAUCUUUUUAUCAUGCAUUUAUGAUUUGUAUAAAUACUAUUGAGUCAAAUAAUCUAUCAUUGUUAGCUAAUAUUGACCCAAAAUUGUCUAUUGUCGAAUGUGAUGAUACAUUAAUAUCAACAAAUGAUGUAGUAUAUAGAUCAAAUUCAUCUACAAAAACUUCAAUAUUAAAUAAAAAUACUAAAAAUAAACAACUUUCAUAUGAUGAUAAUCAAGAAAAAUUUCCUUCUAUUACUAAACCACGUUUUAUUCAUCGUCGUAUACAUAGUGAUCCAAUAUUUCAUAUUGAAAAUAUUCCAAAGAAAUAUUCUCGUGUUACAUCAUCACUUUUAAUUGAUGAUACUCAAAUAAAUCAAAAUGAAAAUUUACCUUUUAUAUCAUAUUCUUUUGAAUAUGGAUCUAGUUAUGAUUCAUGUUCAGAUUCAUUCUUAUCUAUUGAACAAUCAUUACCAAUAGAAACUAAUCGUCCAUCAAUAUCAAGUCAAAUAACACUUGUUGGUGAAGACGAAUAUCACUUUAAUGAACCAACAAAAUUUUCGACCACUUCAGAUCUAACAAAAAGUAUACGUUUACCAUAUUCAUCAUUAUUUUGGCCAAGAAAAGGUCAAACAUUAGAUAAUUAUAUACAUGAAUGUGAUUCUCAGACAAGAACAGAUGUUGAAAAAGAGAAUGCUCAUUUUUACUUUAGUGAAGCAAUUAUAUCAGCUAUUGAAUAUAUUAAAUUUAGUGAACAAUGUAAGAAAUAUUUUGAUUCAUUUGAACAAAAUUUUGUUACAUUAAAUGAUUUUAAUUGGUCUGAUCCACAUUCAAAGUCAAAUUCGGAUGAUUUAUCAGCAGAAGCAAUAGCAUUAGCUAUCAUGAAAACAUGGAAAAAUUAUAAAAUACCAACAGCUUCAGAAUUAUUUUGGAUGAUUCCUUAUGAUGAAGAAACUGCAGAAGAGUUCGUACCAGUUCAGGACAAAAGUAGGACAUAUACUGAAAGUGAUGAAUAUGCUCCUAUAGAAGGUAGUCAACGAAUAUUGCGUCGUGGUAAUAGUCAAUGGGCACCACCACGUGAACAACUAAUUUUUCAUAUUCAUCAAUCAGUGAAUCGUGAUAUUCAAUUAAAAAAACAAGGUUAUUUAUGUGCUGGUUGUGGACGUGAUGUUGAAAAAGGUUAUGCUCAUAGAUUUCGAUAUUGUGAAUAUACAGGCAAAUAUUUUUGUCGUAGUUGUCAUUCUGAUAAAAAAUUUUAUUUACCAUCAUAUAUAAUAGCAAAAUGGGAUUUUUCAAAUAAACAUAGUGUAUCAAAUUUUGCUUUUGAUUAUUUAAAUCGUAUAUAUACAGAAGCAAUAUUUAAUAUAAAUGAUCUUAAUCCAAAAUUAUUUCAAAAAAGUAAUAAAUUAAAAAUGAUAAAUGAAUUUCGUUGUGCACUGUAUUUUCUUCGUCGUUAUAUAUUAACAUGUCGUUUUGCUGAAGAAAAAGGAUGUCAACAAAGUUUACAAACAUUAUCAUCAUAUAUAUAUGAAUAUCCAUAUUUAUAUUCAUUAGAAGAUUUAGUUAAAACUAAAUCAGGUGAAUUACAUAAAGUAUUUGAACCAAUUGUUAUAAAAUUACGUGAUCAUGUUUUAACAUGUUCAUUAUGUUUUGCAAAAGGUUUCAUAUGUGAAAUUUGUAAUAAUGAAAAAAAUAUUAUUUUUCCAUUUAAUAUUCAAAUAACAAGUACUUGUCCUGGUUUUAUGUCAAUCAUGCUUUCAUAUUCAAUGUUAUGA